CUGAUGGGCGGACGCUUUCUUCACACUCAGCCCGAGUCAGCGGUCUGAAUUGGCAGACUGCAGUGUGGAAUAGUAGCCUAGUUUUUUGACAAGUAAGUGUCAGCAUGAGCACGCUAAAUCAACACUACGAGGAGAAAGUGCGUCCCUGCAUUGACCUCAUAGACUCGCUCCGGUCUCUGGGAGUGGAGCAGGACCUGGCGCUGCCCGCUAUCGCUGUCAUCGGAGACCAAAGCUCGGGGAAGAGCUCUGUGCUGGAGGCGCUCUCUGGAGUGGCGCUGCCCAGAGGAAAGGGAAUUGUGACAAGAUGCCCCCUUGAAUUGAAGAUGAAGCGAAAGAAAGCUGGAGGAGAGUGGUAUGGAAAAAUUAAAUAUCAGGAUCAUGAAGAAGAAUUAGAAGAUCCAGCAGAUGUGGGAGACAAGAUUGUAAAAGCUCAGAACAUUUUAGCUGGUACUGGGGUGGACAUCAGUGAAGACCUCAUCAGUUUGGAGAUCGCCUCCCCUGAUGUUCCUGAUCUCACACUGAUCGAUCUUCCUGGAAUCACCCGUGUAGCUUUGCAAGGCCAAAAAGAAAACAUCGGAGAAACAAUAAAGAGACUCAUCUCACGGUUUAUCAAAAAACAAGAGACAAUCAGUCUGGUGGUGGUUCCUUGUAAUGUGGACAUAGCCACGACAGAGGCUUUGAAGAUGGCCCAGGAAGUGGAUCCCAAUGGAAAAAGGACUUUGGGUAUUUUGACUAAACCAGAUCUGGUGGACAAAGGCACAGAGGAGACAGUGGUGGACAUAGUACAUAAUGAGGUCAUCCAUUUGACAAAAGGGUUUAUGAUCGUCAGGUGUCGAGGUCAGCAGGAGAUCACAGACAAUGUGUCUCUGCCAGCUGCCAUAAAAUUGGAGGAGACCUUCUUUAGGGACCACGCGUUUUUUCACACUCUAUACAAGGAAGGAUAUGCUACAAUCCCCAAACUGGCAGAGAAGCUUACCUUGGAGCUGGUGCAUCAUAUUGAGACGUCUCUUCCUCGACUUGAAGAACAGAUAGAAGAGAAACUGAACCAAACACGAGUGGAACUGGAGAAGUACGGUACUGGACCUCCAUCUGAUGUAGGAGAGAGGCUCAUCUUCCUUAUUGAUAAAGUGACAGCGUUCACUCAAGAUGCUUUCAGUUUAACCACCGGAGAUGAACUAAAGUGUGGAGACAAGCUCAAUGUCUUUUCUACACUCAGGAAAGACUUUGCCAAAUGGAAUUAUAUUCUGGACCAAUCAGGGAAUAACUUUAAUGAGAAAAUUCAGAAAGAGGUGGACAUCUAUGAAGACAUGUAUCGGGGGAAGGAGCUGCCUGGAUUUAUUAACUAUAAAACCUUCGAAGCCAUGGUCAAGGAACAGAUCAAGCAGUUGGAGGAACCUGCUAUCAAAAGGCUCAAGGAUACAGGAGAUUCUAUUAGGAAGGUGUUCAUACAGUUGGCUCAAAAUAGUUUCACAGGAUUUCCAAACCUUCUGAAAACAGCCAAGAACCAAAUUGAAUCGAUUAAGGAGGAGAAGGAGACUACUGCAGAAGACAUGCUGCGCACUCAGUUCAAAAUGGAGAUGAUCGUCUACACCCAGGAUAGGACCUACAGCUACAGCUUGAAUAAGAGGAAACGAGAAGAGGAUGAGGAGGAAGAAAGACGCCCAAAAUUCCACAAUAACAGGAGCACUGUCUACUAUACGGAGAACAAGACAACUCUCCAAGAACUCAUGUUACAUCUUAAAUCCUAUUACCAAAUUGCAAGCAAACGUCUGGCAGACCAGAUUCCGAUGGUCAUCCGUUACAAAAUGUUGCAGGAGUUGGCUGUGGAUCUUCAGAGGCAGAUGCUGCAGAUGCUUCAAGACAAGGACAAUGUGGAGUUUCUCCUCAAAGAGGAUUAUGACAUCGGUAACAAAAGAACUGUUUUGCAAAAGCGAUAUGAGCGUCUCCUGAAGGCUCGAGCACAUUUAAUUACGUUCUAGACAUCACACAUUAUGUAUAUGACAGAUGUGAUGGAAUCAGUACUCUCCAUCCUUCAGCCUCAGCUAAUUCAAUGUAUUCAUUCAUAACUGAUAAAAAUGGGCAAGGGUCAUUGCAGUUUUUAAGUGUCUUCAGUAUGUUUAAACCUAGUUAGCCUGGUGGUUAUUUUGUGAAAUUACUUAUAGACAAAGUUUUCUAGAACUAUUAAAAGGUUGAGUGAACUUUAUUCAAAAGACAUAAAAAAUACAACAAGCUGUAUAACAAUUUCACUCUCCAUUGCCAAAAGGGCUUCCUUGACUAUUUUCAUCAUUGUCAGAUUUGUCGUCAUCUAAAGUGGAAAAAUAUAUAAGUAUAUAUGUAUGGAUUACAUCAAAUAAAUAAAUAUGCAUAC